AUGAAGUUCACUAAUUUCUCCAUCGACGAAAUACUCAAACCUUCAUUUGGCUCAAAGUCUUCUAAUGACAGUAAAACUGCAGGGUGUAGCACUGAUGUUAACCUUAAGCCCAUGUGUCCGCCGUCGCCGAAUGCUGCCGUCACCAUUGUAAAGCUGGAAACUCUAGAGGACCAGCUAGGUGGAAGAUUGUCCUUUUCAGGGAUAAUAGACAGUAAGGGCCCCCAGCUGGGUGGCAGAGGGUCAGAGGGUGUGAACAGGGUGCUCCCGUCCCCUGAGAACCGGGAGCAGCUUUUCCCAGCGUGGAUCUACUGCACGCGUUACUCAGACAGACCCUCCGCAGGUCCAAGAUCACGCCGUCAGCAGAGACGAACGGAGUCAUCCGAGCCGCGUCAUCGUACAUCUUUCAGCAAGGCGCAAAUAGAGAUUCUGACAGAAGCUUUCAAGGUGUGUCCUUACCUCACCGAAGAUAAACGGCGCAGUUUGUCCAGAGAGCUGAAACUUCACGAGUCACAGAUAAAGAUAUGGUUCCAGAACAAGCGAGCCAAGUCGAAAAAAUCAAGUGGUCGAAAAACAAAGUUGGCUAUGAAUCUUUUGGAGCAGGGACUGUACAAUCACGUCACUCGUAAAGAGGAGAGCUAA